AUGCCUCCGUCCUUAUCUCUAGGGUCAUUAACCCGAACUCCAAGUCUUAAUCGGCAUUCGCGUGGGCGCCCAAAUUCGACUACAAGUGAGACUAUUGGCUACUUCUCUCAAUGGUCACGCUUUGUACAAUAUACCGGGGAGAAAUCCAUUCUCCCGUGUGAAAAAAGAGCACUAAUUGUAGGGAUUGAGUAUUUCGAGGGACAGUUGUUUGAAGAUGGAGCGUCUAUGUACCUGGCUGGUUGCCAUGCGGAUGCCAAUGAUAUUCUCGACUUACUGCGUACCUCUAGCCCCUAUAGGACAAGUGGGGAGUACGCUAGCUGUGAUAUAAAAAUUCUGGCAGAUGUCCCUGGGCUGCCGGAUAAUCAAAGACCAACGCGGGAGAACAUAAAGGGUGUCGCAGUGGAGAUCGUCGAUUUUUUCACUACGCAGGACAUGGGACUCAAGUCCAGGACAAGGAUGGAGACGAAGAAGACGGUUAUGACGAAGGCAACUAUUCAGCCUGUUGACUGGGCUACCAAAUACCAAUGUGCUGACGAAGGAUUGAUUAUUGAUGACGAAUUUCGAGAUUUUCUAGUCGACCCGUUGCCUAGUAAUUCUACAUUAACGGCGGUAGUAGAUUGCUGCCAUAGUGGAACAAUACUAGAUAUGGAGCAAGAAACCAGGGCCAUUCCUACUAAAUCCCAGAUACUUGGCCCAAUGACUCGUGGGGCCGUCUCAUCAAGACCCUCUUUGAUUUUGAAGAUGAGAUUUUGUCGAUCCGCUGGUGGAAGUAUUCUUCCAGUCGGGAACAUACUCGAGCUUCCCGAAUUGGCCAACGUUAAAAGCUCGGAUGAGCCUGUAACCCCUGGCGCAGAGCGGGGGCCAAUCUCAGCAAGUGACUCCGUGGUACUUGAGAUGAAAAGGAUAGAAAGUCCAGUCGAGAAGAGAGUAUACAAGCCAAUUGCGGCCAACGUUGUAUGCUGGUCGGCGUGCUUGGAUAGCCAACUCGCUUGGAAUAUACCAGAAGAAAUCAAUGAUAGAGGAGUGCUUACCUCUGCAUUCACAACGGGUCUGCGGGGCGCCGCUGCAAAAUACAACGCUAUGCCCGGUGGUUUCCACCCAGAACAACGAGUCGCCACCCUCAUGGUCGUUGCUUAUUCAGAGAUGCUGUACCUGGAAACUCCCAGGGAACAGGAACGGUUAGCAUACAUGGAGCGCAAGGACAGAUUCGAGGAGACCCACCUCUUGUAUCAGGAUCCACAGGUGCGAUAA